CAGCCGUUUCCCGCCCAAAUUUGCCGGCGGCAAUGUGUAAAUCCCGGUCACUCGUUACAUUCCUCCUCCUCCUUUGCUCCGCUUCCUUGGCUUCUGCAGCUCAGGGAUCCACCGCGUGGCAGACCUUAGACGGCAAUGCACCUUUGGUAAUAGCACAUGGAGGCUUUUCAGGGCUGUUUCCCGACUCCAGUUCGGUUGCCUAUCAGUUCGCCGGACAAGUUAGUUUAGCUAAUGUGAUCUUCUGGUGUGAUGUGCAACUCACAAAAGAUGCAGCUGGCGUUUGUGCUCCAAAUCUCAACCUUGCGAAUAAUACUGACAUCUCAAGUAUUUUCCCAAACCAGAGCAAUACGUACUCAGUAAAUGGGGUAUCUAUACAGGGAUGGUUUUCUGUGGAUUUCACUCUCAAGGAGCUUGCAAGUGUAAAUUUAAUUCAGGGAGUCUUUUCUCGACCUAAUAAAUUCGAUGGCGUUUUCCCAGUUGUUACUGUUAAUUUGAUUCCCCAAUUCAGCCCUCCGGGACUCUGGUUGAAUGUUGAGCAUGAUGUAUUCUUCACCCAGCGUAACUUGAGCAUGAGAAGCUUCGUACUUUCUGUAUUUAAAAGUACUAUAGUUGAUUAUGUGUCAUCACCAGAGGUGAGCUUUCUGAAGGGUUUAGUGGCUCGCUUACCAACUGGAACAAAACUCAUCUAUCGGUUUCUGGGACGGAGUGACGUUGACCCUUCUAUUAACCAAACUUACGGUUCUCUAUUAAGUAACCUGACGUUUAUCAAGACAUUUGCUUCUGGAAUUCUUGUUCCCAAGAGUUACAUAUGGCCUGUAGAUGCAAGUUUGUAUUUACUGCCUCAUACUACACUUGUGUCGGAUGCUCAUAAAGCCGGUCUAGAAGUUUUUGCAUCAGAUUUUGCAAAUGAUGCACCCUUUGCCUACGAUUUCAGUUUUGAUCCUGUAGCUGAGUCUCUGUCUUUCAUUGACAAUGGAAACUUCACUGUGGAUGGCAUGCUUUCCGACUUUCCAAUUACUCAGUCAGAGGCCAUAGCCUGUUUCGCUCACAUAGGCAAAAAUGUGUCGGGUCAAGAAAGUCCUUUGGUUAUCUCAUCCAAAGGAGCGAGUGGAGACUUCCCUGGCUGUACCGAUUUGGCUUAUCAGGGUGCUAUUUCAGAUGGUGUUGAUAUUCUUGACUGUCCUGUUCAAAUGACAAAGGAUGGAAUAGCCAUUUGCUUAGGCUCUAUAAAUCUUUUAGACAGCACGCUAGUUGCUCAAUCGCCGUUCAGUAACCUUUCGAAGUCUAUUUCAGAACUUGGAAUAUCCAAUGGAAUAUUUACCUUCAGCCUCACAUGGAGCCAGAUUCAGACAUUGACACCGGCAAUUUCGAACCCGUAUGCAAAUUAUAGAUUGACCCGGGAUCCCAUAUACAAGAAUGCUGGAAAAUUUACGACACUGUCUGAAUUUCUGGUCCUCGCAAAGAAUGCCAGCUCUGUUUCUGGUGUAUUGAUCAGCAUAGAGGAUGCAGCCUACCUAGCGGAAUAUCAGGGAUUAGAUGUAACUGAUGUGGUUCUUGGUACCUUACAAAAUGCUAGUUUCAGCACUCAGAAAGUUAUGAUUCAGUCGACUAACAGCUCUGUUCUGACCAAGUUGAAGAAGGAAAGUAAUUAUGAGCUUAUUUACGUGGUCGAUGAGAAUAUCGGUGGUGCCGAUAACUCAUCCGUUGCAGAGAUAAAGACAUUUGCUAGUGCUGUGGUGGUUAGCAAAUCCUCUGUCUUCACUGACAAUGCUGAAUAUCUCACUGGCAUGACCAAUGUCGUACAGAUGCUACAGGCAUUCCAGCUCCAAGUGUUUGUACAAAUCUUCAGAAAUGAGUUUGUAUCUCAAGCCUGGGACUUCUUCUCUGAUGCAACUGUGGAAAUCAACUCAUAUGUCAUGGGUGCCGGAAUUGACGGUGUCGUCACAGAAUUUCCUGGGACAGCUGCUAGAUACAAGAAAAACCGUUGUUUAGGGUUGGGCAGUAAAACCCCAAGUUACAUGAGCCCUGUUCAGCCAGAUGGUCUCUAUCAAGUCAUCCCUCCCACUGAAUUGCCACCGGCCGAAGCUCCAAACCCUCUCCUGACGGAAUCGGAAGUGGUGGAGGCACCUCUUCCGCCAGUGGCCAUUCUAGCCCCACCUCCUGGCAACAGCGGUAAUCAGGCUACUCCACCAACCAAAUCAAAUGCGCAGCUUGAAGUUGUUUCAUCCGUCGUCCCUUCUUUUCUGGCUUUUCUCAUUGCAGCUCUUGCCCUAUUUUGAAUACAGGACACGGUGACAAAUUGAUCGUUUCCGGUUCUUAUUUUUUCCACUUCGGUGCUUUACAUUCUCAUGUAUUUUGGUAACUUCUUCUCUGUGUUACACGGCUAAUUGAGAUUUUUCUCCCUCUUAGACUGCAGCAGUCAUUGUAUUUUUCAUCAGACAUUGUAGGUUGUCCAUUCCUUUCCUUUCCCUGUGUAAUAUGAGAAGACCACCUUUGUCAUUCCUGAAUUUUUUUUGUUAAUGAUUAUUUCAUUCCCCUGUACUGCG